UUUUCGACGGCACGAGUUCAAAUUUAAACUAUCUUCUGCUCUGAAAUCUCAUUUCUCCAGCCACGAGUAACCGGCACCGUAGAGCCGUAUUUCAGUUACUCAGUGGUAGAUGAAAAAAAGCUCCUACCCCGGACCGUCCUUGGGGUGCGCUUUCCACUUCAACCACAAGUUCGAAGCACUUCCUCCCCAAGAACUCGAUCAGGGAAACCGAUGCCGAUACCUUCGUCUUACUAUCAAUAUUUUGCGAGCUCUCAAAAGCCUCAGUGUUCUUGCCGCCGGAGCUAGGAUAUAUCUGGCUGAGAAAUUCAGCAUAGAACUCCCCCUUCAACAUAAUGUCUGGCUCCUUCAUUCCAUAUCCGUAUCGCCAGCUAAAAACAUCGAGCCCCGAGAACACGCUGCAAGAGGCGAUAUAGGCUCUUCGUUCCCACCAUGGCCCCGUAUACGAGAAGUGGGAAGCAGUGACGUCUACGCACAGGUCCAAGAGUACGAAGAAUCCGUUGGUCCGGCCGUUGGUGAAGUGGUAAGCUCCAAUAAGGUCCGCUCGGUAAGGAUCUACUGAGCACUGGUCGAUCCAAAAACUGAUAAUAUUGCGAGGGAGAUCCUCCCGUCCUACUUCCGGGACCGAACAUCGGAGUGCAUAUGUUCCGGUUUUAUCCACGAGUUUUACUCGUACCGGAGGGGUUGUUUCUAAGGUCAGCCGAGCGGUAGAGGAUAUUUGAAACCUGACUCUCGUCUUCUUCAGUCUAGACGGGUCAAAAGUAACUGUGUAGUAACUGUUCAGC